AUGGCCAUCCAACAGAUGCUUUGUUCCGGCAACAACAAGCGCUGCUCCCUAUAUUGGGCUUGGAGGAAAAAGGCCGAUCGACCCUUCCUACGGUCAAUAUUGUUGGUACUCAUCGCCAUGCUUUUCGCAGCGAUAACGAUUACCGCCUCCAUAUUCUCCUCUCUCAUUGUCGACACUGGAACGGUUACAGUCAUGGUAGAUUCUCCGAGUUGCGGACAAGUCAACGUCACUGGAACAGUAUGGCGGCCUUACGGACAGCUGAUUGACAGAGCUGCUUCUGCAUACACUCGGGAAUGCUACCGUGAUGGCCCACUACCUCCAGCCUGCAAUGUAUUCACGCAACCCAACAUACCGUUGAACGUUGAAAACGUUCCUUGUCCCUUCAAUGACACCAUGUGCGAUACCAAGGACGCCGUUCGUAUCGACUCCGGCCUCAUUGAUGUCAGCAAAACUUUCGGACUGAAUCUCGCUGCUAAAGAUCGUGUAUCCUUUCGCAAGAAGACUGAGUGUACUGUUCUACCGGUAGAAGGAUACUACGAUGUCGUUGAUCUGGAAGAGAGGCCUAUGUGGAAACCCGAUUAUCGAGAGAUCCUGCCAGGAGAACAGGUUGCCGUCUUUUUCUACGGGCCAAGGACACCCCUCGAGACUGGAGAGAGCUACAUAGUACACCUUAUUGCGUCGAAUUCUAGUGGGAACCCAUGGGUGCCUCGGAGGGGAAUUGAACCUGUCAACCCCGAAGAAGCGGAAAGCGAUAUCAUCUUGAAGCAGUUCUUUGGUGGUUCCCUCUCUUUCGAAAAGCCGAUCAACGACCCGCUCUAUUCUUCACAUAAAGAAUACGAAAAGGUUGACUUCUCUACUGGCGAGACAUCUAUACGCUAUCAGGCUGAUCAUCCUAGCAAGGCGGUUGCAUGUACCCAGAACUUGCAAUACUGCCAUGCAAGGGAUGGCAAAGACGAUUGGUGUACACCAAUGGAAGGUGUACCCCAUCCCCUCCAUAUCGAGCAGGAUUUUUCGGAAGCAAACGAGGUGCAGCGGGCGAUAUUAGAGCUGUUGAUCAGGUCAACGUGGUUGCACCCAACCUCGGACGUUUUAUCUUGCAAGGUCAACACAAUGAUAUCUUUGAACGAAUUCACAGUUAAAGACAUACCGGACGACUUCUGGACACAGGAAGUACUUGGCUGGGAACAAGAGACUUGGGGCGCUUUGCAAGUCAUGGUAUCGCGUCAUGCUAUAGGGCCCGAAGAAGGCGAUCCUUCGGCAGAUGGAUACCGCAUAGAGCCGAAGACUGAGGGCGAGUGGACGCUUUGUGGGGCGCAGAAGAUGAAGAAGACUGGUGGAUUUGUUAACAUCAACGUCUUCGGUCUCUCGUUCAUCAUAGCCUUCUCCGUUCUCGUCGCAAUCAUCGACAUCACACUCCUCAAAUUCCUCGUCUACCUCACUCGCUUCCGCCGCGCACUCGGUCCUCGCAUCGCACGCUGGACACAAGAUGGAGUAUGGCAGCUUCAGCGCCGGGCCUAUGAGGGGGAAGGCCACCGCAAUUGGACUGAUCUGGAAAGCGAAAUUCCGCUCAUGGAGAAGGGUCAUAAGCUCAAGGAUCUACCGAUCAUGUGGCGGCCUGGCAAGAGUCCGAUGAUGGUGCAGACGUCUUCGUUCGCUUCUACGAACUCGAUGGUAUCGGAGCAGCAGUCGGUGAGCGAGUUAGCGGCGGAGGAUGUGGAGACCGCGCCGGUUGUCACUGGGCCGCAGAGGGGCUGGUUUAGCUUCGCGCGACGUUAA